GUGCCGUAAGAUCCCCGCUGAUGUACUCGACUGUGUGAUGCGCGAGAUCAUGACGGUCACGUCACGCGCGCGGAUGGCCAGAGCGCAGAGUGGCGCGAGGAGGAGCGCGGCGCGCCGCAGUGCCAUGUAGCCUAGCAGCGGGAGGGGGAGGAAUCCCGGCGCGUGACUCCGCGACUCCUGCACGCGGGACGAGGCUUGUCAAUCACUCAAUUAUAUGAGUGGGUGGAGCAUGACAGAUAGGUGUGGCUGGCAAUGUGUGUGACAGUGCAUGAUUGUUUCCAUGGAGACAGAUGGCAGCUUUUCCGAGGGCCCCACACUCACACUCCUACAGUCAAGCGAUGGUGUGGUGGCGGGGCUUGUUGAGACAGAGGAGGCGUGGCUCGGCUUCCGGGCCACAGUGAGUGCUGUGCUGCUUUUGGAGUUUCUGCUAGGUGUUGGCGGGAACCUGACAGUGUUGGUGUUGUACUGUGGCCACUGUAGCCUUCUUGAGUCAGUUAGCCAUGCUGUCACACUCAGCCUACACACGCUUGAUCUGUUGCUCUGUCUGCUUUGCCUGCCCAUCACUGCAAUUCUCCUCCUUAUGGGUGGAGCAUCUAGCCCUCAUCAUGUCCUGCUCUGCUGUCUACAUGAAUCAGCAGCCACCUUUGCCAGUGUAGGAACGGCACUCAACCUGCUGCUCAUUAGUCUUGAUCGCUAUGACAUCAGUGUCCGUCCAGCCAAUCGUCUGCUUACGCCACGGAGAGCGGCAUUUUUGCUAUUCGGAGUGUGGAUGGUGUCUUUAACCUUGCCAGUCUUGCCAUUUGUAGAGGCAGGGCUCGGUGCUGGGGCAACAGAUAGAGCACCUGUUUACUCAAAUAGCACUUUGUUGUGUUCUCAACUAGUAGGGACUCUUCAAGCUCACCUCUUUCUGCAGGCUCCCAUCUUCCUGUGCUCAUUGGCCGUAAUGUUGUUUACUUACUUACGCAUCUUGCAGGCCCUGCGCAUUCGCAUCGGACAUCCAGCGAGAGCUCAAAAAGGUAGCACACAACUCGUCCGGCGCCCCUGGCAGCGUCGUAAGAAGUCUGCACGGUCACCAGAUAAAAUGGCAAAGACUGUAUCUGUCUCUCCACCUCCCCUAUCUACUGGACCACUUGUGGCCUCAGACACCAUUACCACAGUGACCAUGAACACAGAGACCAACACACCAUCAGUAAACACUCCACUAAGUCUAACCCCAACUGCAGCCACUGCAGCUGCACCUUUUGUAGGCUUAUCAUUUGGAGCUGUGCCUUUGAAUCCUAUGCCUACACUGUCAACCAUAAUCAUGCCUCUAAACAUUAACCCAAAUGCUUCCACUGUCAAUCCAACCAUACCACUAAUCCCUAAUCCUACUAUAUCCACUAUAACCACCCAUCUGAACCCUAACUCAACUACACCCACCAUAACAACCCAUCUAAACCCUAACCCCAAUACAUCCACCAUAGCUAUAACAUUAAACCCUAACUCCAAUAUAUCCACCAUAACCAGCCAUACCAACCCUCACUCAGCUACAUCUACUCUAUCCUUUUCUCUAAACCCUACACUGAAUCAAGUUAAUAACACACCUACAUCCACCAUAUCCUUUCCUGUAAACCCUAACCCAACUAUAUCCACCAUAUUUGUAUCUCCGAAACCCAGCCCGUCUCCUUCCUCCCCACCUAUACCUCCAAACUACACCCCAUCCACCAUAACUAUACCGCUAAACCCCAGCCCCUCUAUAUCCACCAUAACCACACCUCUCAAGCAUACUGAAUCAACCACAGCCAUGCCAUUUAAUCCUAGUCCCACAAUAUCCACCAUGCCCUUAAAUCCCACUACUACUCAUCCUCCACCAAGUGUUGGAGUUGGGGCCUCAGUUUCAGCAAUCUUGGCUCUGCGCCGAGCUGUAAGACGUCACAGAGACCGAAGGGAAAGACAGAAACGUGUCUUCCGCAUGUCUGUCAUCAUUGUCCUCUCUUUCCUGCUAUGCUGGGCUCCUCUGUCUAUUACACCACUCAUACAUCUAGCCAUCGGUCCCUCUGAUUGGCUGGAGCACCUCAGGGUCUGCUUUCUAGUGCUUGCCUACUGGACAGUGGUGCUUCAUCCACUGCUGUAUGCGUUCACGCGGCAGAAACUGCGUAAGGUCCUGCACACACGUCUGCGCAGGCUACGCAACAAGAACAACAACACAAAGACAAUGGCUCAAGUAAAGCAGAGGCAUCGGCGCAAGCAAAGGGCAGACUGCAGCGAUGCUACAGACCGCUGCCUAAUGGAGGCUGUCCGUGAGUGACAACCUGCAGUGUGUGUCUGUAUGUGUGAGGUGCAGGGAACCAGCGGAGACAUCAACUCAUAUUGCUUGUCAACAGUUCUGUAAUUUAUUCUGUACAGCGAUAACAAGAAGCACACGUUCCAAAGCACACUGAGCUCAGAGAGAACCACAGGGCAAUGUCUAAUUAACCAUAGCCACAAUUCAGAUUUAACUCUUGUGGUGCUAGAAAACAAGAGUGUGUCAGUGAGUGUGUAAGAGAUCAGGGGCAAUAAUUUCAUAAACCAGGGCAUGCAUGGAAGAAUUUCCAUGCAGAAUAAUUCUUCUAACACUGGCAUUAUAUAAUAUGAAGUGAAGCAUUUAUUCACAUUAUAUAUAAACCUGUGUAUAUGUCAUAUGUCUAGAAUGUUCAAUAUGGAUAGAGUGCAAUAGAUAUAUUAUUGAUGUUUACGAUCAGGGAUGUAAAUACAAACUAUGAUUAAAUGAUGAUUAUUAACUUUAAGCUGAAUUUGGAAAACAAAUGCAACAGGGUCUAUGUUUAUGUAUUUGUGUCUAUAUAUAUAUAUACAUAUGUAGUAGCAUUAAAUGAUUUUCACUCAUUUGUGAUUAUUGUGUAUUUUGCAGUAGAUCAGCAAUAAGACUGAAUUCUAUAAAUAAAGUUAGAUAGUUCCUUGUUUGUUGUUCACAUUUUAACUCAUGUUUACUCCAGACGUUUGGCUGCUUUUCACCACUAACAACACAUUCAAUGAACAAAUAUUUAGAUGUUUUUUCUUUGUUUCUUUUACCCGAAUCCUUUCCACCUCUGUACCACAGGUGUGAUUUACAACAGAGAGGAAUUUCAACACAUGUCCAUGUACUGAAAAAAGAAUAGAUAUUUCUGUUUACUUCAAACUUCCUUAUCGUUGAAGUGAUUUUUGAUAUAGAUGGCGGUUUGUGCUGCACUGCAGGAGGCGCAUAGAACUUGUAGAAAUGUCAAUGUAAAUGACAUGUAGUGGUGUGAAAAUGCUUCUAUUUUUCAUUUUUUUCUAUUUUUAAGCCCUUUUCAUAAUUCAUUUUUACUAUCUGUGUAGUUAACAACUCAAACUUGUAUGCUGAACGAACAAAAUGAAAAAUCUAUGUUUUAUGGAACAAAUAUUAAAUUUUCUUCUGGUAAAGUUGUCUGUAAACAAACACUUAUUUAACCUUUAUGAAUGGAGUCUUCAGUUAGAGGUAUAGCUGCAACUUCAUAUGGCAUUUUCAGGAGAGAGGACUUGCUCAGUAGAGUGAUUAGCUCUAUAAUUAAACUUUUCUGUGAUAUUAACUUAAAGAGAGAAAAACAGAGGCUGGGUAGACAUUGACUGUUUAUAGCUGUUUAAACAUCAGCAAGAACAGGAACAAACUUGUUUCAUUGAGAUUUCAUGAUGUUAAAUGUAACUUGAAAAGGAUUAAAAUUUAAACUAUGACUUAGUUCUUAUAUUUAAUUUUAUACUUUUAGCUGGUUGUAAAUUCUAUAUGACAUCGUCAUGUGCUUAAAUUGGAAAAUCGGUGUAAUACCAUAUGGGUUAUUUUCCUGUAACAGCACAGUGUGUGUUGGGGCGUGGUUAUUGUGAAUAAAUUAUGUAGUU